CUGGGAGCUGCUGAGACCAUCGCAGUAAGGAACAGGCGCGAAGGCCAUGCGGAGGAGGCAACAACAACACCAUGGAGAAUAAAUGGUUCAUGGACAUCAUCUUUGAUGAAUUUAGGGAUGGCAAGAUCAAUAUAGAUAAGACCUUGAAAUUGCUCAAUAAGAUUGAUGUCUCUUAUGACUAUGUUCAUGUGAAAAAAGUGUUUAAGAAAAAUGACAAACAGAAGGCUGGACUUAUUACCAUGGAAGAUUUUAGGGCAAUUUAUCGUACGCUUCUGCAUAGACCUGAACUUCAUGAACUCUUCACCAGCUACUCACCAAACAAAAAAGUUCUAACAGCAGCAAAUCUAGCUGACUUUCUUAAAAAGGAACAGUUUGAACUUGAUGCUAAUGAACGAAGAGCUGUGUCACUCAUAAAUAAAUUUGAACCCAUUGAUGAAGCAAGAAGCCAAAGGGAGAUGACCUUCGAAGGCUUUAUACGAUACAUGAAUUCGGAAGAGUGCAGCAUUUUUAAACUGAGGCACAAGACGGUUUAUCAAGAUAUGAACCACCCACUGUGUGAUUACUUUAUCUCAUCGUCACACAAUACCUACCUGAUACAAGACCAGCUUGUAGGGCCAAGCCAUCUGUGGGGCUAUGCCAAUUCCUUAAAGAAGGGCUGCCGCUGUGUGGAAAUUGAUUGUUGGGAUGGUCCAAAUAAUGAGCCUGUGGUUUAUCAUGGACAUACCUUGACGAGCAAAAUUACCUUCCAGAAUGUCAUCAAUGUGGUCCACAAGCAUGCCUUUGAGGCAUCAGAUUACCCUGUUGUUUUAUCUUUGGAGAAUCACUGCAGCCCUCCACAGCAGGAGAAGAUGGCUGGUCAUUUGCUAGAUAUUCUCAGAGAUACACUGUGUACAUCAACACUUGACGAUAACAUGCCAACUGAACUGCCUUCUCCAGAACAAUUGAAAUUCAAAAUCUUGAUAAAGAACAAGAAAGUCGGAACACUGGAAGAAACCCUUUGCCGGAAGGGUGAAAGAUGUCGGGGUCAGACAGCAGAAAUUGAGGAGAUCAUGGAAUCGGAGGAUAACCUAGAUGAUGAUGCUUCAGGGCAUUUGGUAAAGAAGACUCUCACACGGAAGGCAUCAGCAGCACCCAAAAAGGACAAAAAGACUCAUAAGGUUAAAGUUGCCAUGUUGCUGUCAGAACUUGUGAUCUACACGGCUUCCCGGUCAUUUGUCAGCUUUGAAGAUUCAAGGGAGAAACAGAAAUUUUAUCAAAAUAAUUCCAUUGGGGAGGUCAAAGGACAAAAACUUAUAAAAAAGAGAGGGCCUGACUUUGUCGCACACACGAUCUACUUCAUUACAAGAAUUUACCCUAAAGGAACCAGGACAGACUCUUCAAAUUAUGAUCCACAAGAAUUUUGGAAUGUUGGGUCCCAAAUGGUGGCCUUAAAUUUCCAGACACCUGGAGUACAAAUGGACCUACUAAAUGGAAGGUUUUUAGACAAUGGUGGCUCUGGUUAUGUCUUAAAACCAGAAUUCUUGAGAAGGAGAGACACAACCUACGACCCAAAUGAUACAAACGUAAGGUACAAGCCAAUUACACUUACAGUAAAGAUUAUUAGUGGCUGUCAGCUUCCUCCGAGCAACCUCUCCAAGAGUAAUAAGGCUGAUCCUGUAGUCAAAAUAGAAAUUCAUGGAGUUCCUGCAGAUGUGUCAAAACAACAGACUUCUGUCAUAAAGAACAAUGCUCUAAAUCCUAGAUGGAACGAAACAUUCACAUUUAAUGUCCAGGUUCCUGAUCUUGCCUUAAUACGUUUCAUUGUAGAAGAUCAGAUGGCAUUAACUGCCAAUGACUUCCUUGGUCAGUUUACUUUGCCAAUUAUGAGCAUGAAUAAAGGCUAUCGCCACAUUCCAUUGGUCUCCAAACUUGGGGUGACCCUCAAGCCUGCCUCACUCUUUGUGUACAUUUGGUACUGCCAGCAUGUCCUGGAAUAA